CAGUGGCGCCCACUGUGCCACAGCAACGCGGAGGCCCAGGGAGCCUGUUGCCGCCUCGGAGGCAGGAGCUGGCCCUGAGGGAAGCCAGGCAGUGCCACACCAGCUGAGUUGGCCUCGGUUUCCCCCACUCUCUGGGGUGCUAGGCUGGCCCGAGCUGAGGGUGGAGCCACUGGAAGCCCAAACCCACAGGCAGCCUGGGGCAGAGUUUCACUGGAGUCUCGCUCGGCACCGGGAUCUAUGUCCAAGUUUUAACUCUUGCUUACAAAGACCACAAUAAUUCCUUCCCCACAGCCAAGCAGCCCCCCAGCCCCGCGCAGCCCCAGCCUGCCUCCCACCGCCCAGCUGCCCGCAAUGCCCUCCAGCGGCCCUGGGGACACCAGCAGCUCCGCUCCGGAGCGGGAGGAGGACCGCAAGGAGGGAGAGGAGCAGGAGGAGGCUCGUGGCAAGGAGGAGCGGCAGGAGCCCAGCACAGCUGCGCGGAAGGUGGGGCGGCCUGGGAGGAAACGCAAGCACCCCCCGGUGGAAAGCAGUGACACGCCGAAGGACCCCACGGUGACCUCCAAGUCCCCGUCCAUGGCCCAGGACUCAGGCUCCUCAGAGCUGUUACCCAACGGGGACUUGGAGAAGCGGAGUGAGCCCCAGCCAGAGGAGGGGAGCCCCGCUGGGGGGCAGAAGGGCGGGGCCCCAGCCGAGGGAGAGGGUGCAGCUGAGACCCCGACCGAAGCCUCCAGAGCCGUGGAGAAUGGCUGCUGCACCCCCAAGGAUGGCCGAGGAGCCCCUGCAGAAGAGGGCAAAGAACAGAAGGAGACCAACAUCGAAUCCAUGAAAAUGGAGGGCUCCCGGGGCCGGCUGCGGGGUGGCUUGGGCUGGGAGUCCAGCCUCCGCCAGCGGCCCAUGCCGCGGCUCACCUUCCAGGCGGGGGACCCCUACUACAUCAGCAAGCGCAAGCGGGACGAGUGGCUGGCACGCUGGAAAAGGGAGGCUGAGAAGAAAGCCAAGGUGAUUGCAGUAAUGAAUGCUGUGGAAGAAAACCAGGGCUCGGGCGAGGCUCAGAAGGUGGAGGAGGCCAGCCCUCCUGCUGUGCAGCAGCCCACUGACCCUGCAUCCCCCACUGUGGCCACCACACCUGAGCCUGUGGGGGCCGAUGCUGGCGACAAGAAUGUCACCAAAGCAGCCGAUGAUGAACCGGAGUACGAGGACGGCCGGGGCUUUGGCAUUGGGGAGCUGGUGUGGGGGAAACUGCGGGGCUUCUCCUGGUGGCCAGGCCGGAUUGUGUCUUGGUGGAUGACGGGCCGGAGCCGAGCAGCUGAAGGCACCCGUUGGGUCAUGUGGUUCGGAGACGGCAAGUUCUCAGUGUGGUUGUCCCUCCAGGUGUGUGUUGAGAAGCUGAUGCCGCUGAGCUCCUUCUGCAGUGCUUUCCACCAGGCCACCUACAACAAGCAGCCCAUGUACCGCAAAGCCAUCUACGAAGUCCUGCAGGUGGCCAGCAGCCGGGCGGGGAAGCUGUUCCCAGCAUGCCAUGACAACGAUGAGAGCGACACUGCCAAGGCUGUGGAGGUGCAGAACAAACAGAUGAUUGAGUGGGCCCUUGGAGGGUUCCAGCCCUCUGGCCCCAAGGGCCUGGAGCCACCAGAAGAGGAGAAGAACCCCUACAAAGAAGUUUACACAGACAUGUGGGUUGAACCCGAGGCAGCUGCUUAUGCACCACCCCCACCAGCCAAAAAGCCCCGAAAGAGCACAACUGAGAAGCCCAAGGUCAAGGAGAUUAUUGACGAACGCACAAGAGAGCGGCUCGUGUACGAGGUGCGGCAAAAGUGCCGGAACAUCGAAGACAUUUGCAUCUCUUGUGGGAGCCUCAAUGUCACCCUGGAACACCCUCUCUUCAUCGGAGGAAUGUGCCAAAACUGCAAGAACUGCUUCCUGGAGUGCGCAUACCAGUACGAUGACGACGGCUAUCAGUCCUACUGCACCAUCUGCUGUGGGGGGCGUGAGGUGCUCAUGUGCGGGAACAACAAUUGCUGCAGGUGCUUUUGCGUGGAAUGUGUGGACCUCUUGGUGGGGCCGGGGGCUGCCCAGGCAGCCAUUAAGGAAGACCCUUGGAACUGCUACAUGUGCGGGCACAAGGGCACCUAUGGGCUGCUGCGGCGGCGGGACGACUGGCCCUCUCGGCUCCAGAUGUUCUUCGCCAAUAACCACGACCAGGAAUUUGACCCUCCGAAGGUUUACCCACCUGUCCCAGCGGAGAAGAGGAAGCCCAUCCGGGUGCUGUCACUAUUUGAUGGAAUUGCUACAGGGCUUCUGGUGCUGAAGGACUUGGGCAUUCAGGUGGAUCGCUACAUCGCCUCGGAGGUGUGCGAAGACUCCAUCACGGUGGGCAUGGUGCGGCACCAGGGGAAGAUCAUGUACGUCGGGGACGUCCGCAGCGUCACACAGAAGCAUAUCCAGGAGUGGGGCCCGUUUGAUCUGGUGAUUGGGGGCAGUCCCUGCAAUGAUCUCUCCAUCGUCAAUCCUGCCCGCAAGGGACUCUACGAGGGCACUGGCCGGCUCUUCUUUGAGUUCUACCGCCUCCUGCAUGAUGCGCGGCCCAAGGAGGGAGAUGAUCGCCCCUUCUUCUGGCUCUUUGAGAAUGUGGUGGCCAUGGGCGUUAGUGACAAGAGGGACAUCUCGCGAUUUCUCGAGUCCAACCCUGUGAUGAUUGAUGCCAAAGAAGUGUCAGCCGCACACAGGGCCCGCUACUUCUGGGGGAACCUUCCUGGUAUGAACAGGCCGUUGGCAUCCACUGUGAAUGAUAAGCUGGAGCUGCAGGAGUGUCUGGAGCAUGGCAGAAUAGCCAAGUUCAGCAAAGUGAGGACCAUUACUACUAGGUCGAACUCCAUAAAGCAGGGCAAAGACCAGCAUUUCCCCGUCUUCAUGAAUGAGAAAGAGGACAUCUUAUGGUGCACUGAAAUGGAAAGGGUAUUUGGCUUCCCUGUCCACUAUACCGACGUCUCCAACAUGAGCCGCUUGGCGAGGCAGAGACUGCUGGGCCGGUCAUGGAGCGUGCCGGUCAUCCGCCACCUCUUCGCUCCACUGAAGGAAUAUUUUGCUUGUGUGUAAGGGACAUGAGGGCAAACUGAGGUAGUGACAGAAGUUUAAACAAACAAACAAACAAAAAAAAUAAAACACAACAAAACACCAAGAACAUGAGGAUGGAGAGAAGUAUCAGCACCCAGAAGAGAAAAAGGAAUUUAAAACAAAACCACAGAAGCGGAGAUACCGGAGGGCUUUGCCUUGCAAAAGGGUUGGACAUCAUCUCCUGGUUUUUCAAUGUUAACCUUCAGUCCUAUUUAAAAACAAAACCAAUCUCCCCCACCCUUUUUUUUUGGUCAAACAUUUUGUUUUCUACUCUUUUCAGAGGGGUUUUCUGUUUGUUUGGGUUUUUGUUUCUUGCUGUGACUGAAACAAGAGGGUUUAUUACAGCAAAAGUCAGUAACAGAAAAUAGUAACAAUACCUUGCAGAGGAAAGAUGAGAGAGAGGAAAAAAGGAAAUACUAUAAAAAUCUAUAUAUUGGAUUUUUAUAGUAUUUUUUUUUUUUUUUUUUUUUUUUUUCUAUAUAUCUUUUUUGUUGUUGUCUCUAGCCUGAUCAGAUAGGAGCACAAGCAGGGGACAGAAAAUAGAGACACUCAGGCGGCAGAAUUCCCUCCCAGCCACUGAGCUGUCUUGCCAGCACCAUUCCUGGUCAUGCAGAACAGAACCCAGCAGCAGUAGGGAGACGAGACCACCAUACAAGACCCUUUUAUACAGUAUUUCAGGUGCCUACCACACAGGAAACCUUGAAGAAAAUCAGUUUCUAGAAGCCGCUGUUACCUCUUGUUUACAGUUUAUAUAUAUAUGAUAGAUAUGAGAUAUAUAUAUAAAAGGUACUGUUAACUACUGUACAACCUGACUUCAUAAUGGUGCUUUAAAACAGCGAGAUGAGUAAAAACAUCAGCUUCCACGUUGCCUUAUGUGCAAAGGGUUUUAACUGAGGAUGGAGAGAGGGAGACAGCUUGAAGGUGGAUCAUUGUCAUGUGGGUUCUUUUCCCCUUGGUGUUUAACAAGGUGAAAGAGGAGAAUGUGGGAACAGCAUCCUCCCAUUUCUCCCUGCCAAAAAGGGGGGUGGUAAGAUGAAGUGGUCGGGACGGUGGAAAGCUGAGGUGGAAUUCAUCCAGGCUCACGCAAUAACCUUUUGAUUUUUUUCGAAAAGGAGACUCCCUCGGCAAGAUGGCAGGCUAAGGGGUCUCAUUCCCAAUUUCUCACAUUAGCCGAUUCGAGGGCUCCUUGUGGUGGGAUCAGAGGUGAUCCAGAGUGCGGGGAAAGUGACAGUUCAAGCCCCACCUGGAGCAAAUAAAAAAACAUACAAAACGUACUGGUGCUUUCCUGUCUAAGUCGCCUUUUGUGUGUUCUUUUAUGAGGCCCCCACCAUCCACCCUCUGUGCACAAGGCGGCUUCCGGCCCCUGGAAUGUGAUGUUUUUGGUCAUCUCCAAAGGCUGCAGUUUUAUACUGGGAGGCUGAUGACACCUUUUGUUAUAAUUAUUCUUAUGGUUCUGGUUAUAAUUAUGUUUGUUUUCAGAUUUUCUUUAAGAAAACGAAAACCCAACCCCCCCUCCCUUUAGGUUUCAAACCAAGGUGCGGGGAGCAGGGUGCUUCUAAGUUAGUGGUGGCCCUGGUGCCCUGGCUCCCUACCCCUCGGGCCAGGUGGGCCACCGGGCGCAGCAACAGCUGGGCAACUGGGGAGUCCCCCCAAGGCCGGCCUUCCGGCGCGUCCCUCUUCUCUUCUACUUCCCCUCCUCUCAAGUCAUGUGUGUCAGGGCUGGAGGGAGGGCCGGGCAUCUCUCUCCGCGUGUGUGUGGUUGGAGUGGUGUGUAUUUCUUUUCUAGUACUUGGUCUGAUGAUAGCUGUCCCCUUACCUCGCGUCGGCAGCACCUGGAGCCCCAAGUGCAGACACUUGGUUCCACUUCCUACCGAGGCGGGCAGCCUGGCGUUGACGGUAGGCAGGGACAGCAUUGGUGGCUCCGGGGUGAGGGCCAAUGGGCAGAUGCUUGCCUGGAUAGAUGGGGUGUAGAUAUGUGGCAUAUAGAGAUAUAUAUUUUAUAAUGGGAGGGGGGAUGGCACCUCCUGGGACUGGCAGGGCUGGGAGGUGUGCUGUCAAGCACAUGGUCCCAAGUUCGCAUCCCUAGAAAGAUAGGGCCUAUGGUGAUAGGCGCUAUAUAAAUACAUAGAUAGGGUCAUGUAUAAGAAAUAUUAUGUAGUGGGGAGCGGGGGAAGGGGACUCAGAACGCUGAUCCUCAGACCCCAUGCAGACAUAAGCCCCACACCAAUCAAUCAAUUCCACACACAUACACAGGAACAUAUUUCUCUACCGAUGCAUAAUAAAUGCACUCACUCACACACAGCCAGGGAGCUCCCAGUGCGAUUCUCCCCAGGAUUCAGGACUUUGUGGAGUCGGCCCUGCAGCUCUUUACCUCUGUUGCCCUGAUUGCAGGUAGACUGUCAAUCCCAGAAGUUGCUAGGUGCUGAAGGCAGGAAAAGGAGGAGGUUUCAUUUUAGCAGGUGCUCUCCUCUAGCAGGUAGCGUUCUAUCUCUUUUGCCCCUGGUGAUGUCAAAAGAUUCUUCUGUUAGCAACCUGUGAUACUGACCUGCAACUCUAGGCACCAGUAAAGUCAGCCCUCAACUCCCCCUACCUAUUCUCCCCCAACCAAAAUGAAAUUGACAUCCAGGUCUGUCUUGGCCAGGGGGCUUCCAUUGGAAAGAAAUGGGACAGCAAACCUCAUCUUUUGAAUAAAGCAAAUUAGUAAUUGGUGACAAAACUAAACCAAGACUUUGAAUCCCUCGCUCAUUGCUCAGGAGUAAGCUCAUAGCCGGUGGCCGCAGUCUCCCACUCCUUUUAGGGGUGCUUAGUUCUGGACCCCAAGCUACUCAUUUCCUUGUUGGAUUGGUUUUUAAGAUCACAUCCAGUUGCUUCCUGCCAGCUCUGUGACGUGAUAGCAGGUGGUGAUGCUGGACCCUCGUGGGGCUGGAGCAGCUAGGAGGGAGGAUCCCUCUGCCCCUCCCUCGUUGGAGUCUCUGUACCUAACUGUGGUGCUCGCCUGUCCCCUCCUCCUCCAGCCAGGCUCCAUCUUCCUGGCCUGGAGUCCACCAGCACCACUCCAGGAGGGCUGCGGGGAGGAGGGCUGCCUCAGGCAGUCCCAGGUGCUCCCUCCCCCGCCGGCCAUCGCUGCGGUCUUCCCAGCCCUGGUGUCAGGACAGUGUCCCCGUGGGCCUUCCUCUGCAAAAGGACUUUCCAGCUCUCGUGGCUCUCCUAGGCCUUUUGUCCACUGCUUAAGUGAAGGAGUUUGCCUUUCUUAGUAGCGAAAGCUCCACCCAAGGGCUGGUGUGGGGAGGAAACUUGGUAGCCAAGGAUGUGUGGCAAGCCUGAGGGAUUAGCGUGGGCUGGCCAGCUUGCUCCCAGGAGGCCUGGUUGUUGUGGCUGAUACUUCAGAGCGCUUGUUCCUCCCAAUCUAGCAACCUGACUGGGCCCAGAACGGGCCAGCUGCCCCCUCGCACGGAUGAGAGUUAAUCACCAGCGUUUCUUCCAGCCCAACCUGUGGGUAGAACUUGGUAGAGUGCAGGGGACCUUGGGAAUGUGCCAACAUGGCCAUGCUGGGGUGCCCUUAACAAUCUGCUUCCAACCCUGGGGGCCAGGUAUCGGGUCACCUUCUGGAGGGGAGCUGUGCUUCGACAGGCUGAGGUAGGGUUGUGUGAAGAUUAAGGUGUGGGGGAUCAUUACACUUGCUGUGGAUGAGGCUGAGGGUAGAGGCCUUGGAGCAGGAGAAACCAAGGCAGCCUAGGGGAAAUUCUGGAGUAUGUCGCCAGCGGGAUUUUCUUUGUAAAGAGCCGGCCCAUUUACCCCUGGAAAGGAGGGCUUCUAGGAACUGAGGAGGAUGCCUCCCUACUUAACUGCAGGUGCCAAGUGAGGCGUGGUGCCAAAGAUCUGUGGCUCCGGUCUGGGGGAGGUAGCGGGGGCUCAUGCCAGGUCGAAGAGCCCUUGGUCUCCUGCUUGAGGAGGAACUUAGUCCCCAGCAGGUGGCUGCUGAGCCCCGUGGGCCUCGAGCUGGCUGGUGCUAACCCCCCUCCCCACAGGACUGGCUGGAGAACGACAGGCUAGGGGAGCUGCAGGUGAGGAUUAGAGGGGGGGCGGGGUGCUUCUGUCGGCAGCUGACGACAUGGAUGUGUUACUAUCUGUUUUUCUCUCUAGAGCCCAGAACCUUCCUGCUAUUGAACAUUCUACUAGAAAGCAAACUUCCCAAAAGAGCAUCCAGGACCUCUUAGCUUUUGAGACAGGCUUGGGAGUGGUUGGCUGGUGAGAUGCCCGUGUGAGUUUUGGUGAGUCGCUAGGGUGAGGACUGGGACAGGCAGACCCAGCAGGCAGUAAGGCUGUUGCCUGUUGAACUGGUUCCAUGAGGGCCGGCUCCCCUUACUUACCGCUCAGCUGUCAGCUCUGGGGAAGCCUGGAGGGGAAUAACUCACCAUCUCCAGCACAGGAAGGUCUGUAACAGGAGCAAGGGAAGGAAUAUUUCAGCAGAGCCAUCUGGGAAAUGUCCUACAGGAAAACUGCAGUCAGCGGUCUUCAUAUCUUUGAUUAUGUAAGUAUGCAUAAAGUGGAUCCUGGAGGCGGCUUUGAAUUCCUGUUGCUGUUCGACUUGGUGCGGAGUUGCUGUGGCCCUGGUGUCUUUCAGAGGUGUCAUUUUCAGGAAACUUGCAGGAGGCCCCUCGAGUUGUGGCUUGGGCCCUGGUGCCUGCCUGGCACUGUAAUCUGAAGAGGGCUGGCUGUUUCGUUUGGUCAGGGGACCAGCAGAGCCAAGAUUCUGGUGAGCACUGAGUUUCUAGCCGGGCCCCAUUUUGAUCCCAGGAGGUGAUGAGUCUGGAUUUGUCAUCGGGCAUUGUCUAGUCUGAUUGCUCCCAGUGCUUGUGAUUAAAGGCGACACUGGAGUUGUCCUGCCGUCUGGCAGGGAGCAGCUGAAGCCUUUCCCUGACCCCAGGAUGGGAAGGGUGUUGUGGAGAGCUGGCUGGAGCUAGCGUGGCCCUCCCAGCCGUUCUCUCUCUUGAGGCAGGGAUUGACUACAAGUGUUCGGAGGAUCUAGGAGGAGAGAGAAGAGAUUAAUUUAAAGGAUGGACUCCACUGUGCUAGCAGAAGCUCUCGAACCUUUACGUUUUGGUCGGGGAAGGCUGGGGUCUUUGGGAGGCCGCAGCCCCUCGUGCACCUGUGUGUUUCAGCUCAGGCCGGCUUUGGUUGGUGACCUCUUGCUUAUCCCUGACCCCAGGCAGUGGAGUUUUGGGGGAGGGAGACACAAGCAGGGAAAAAGCAGUAAGGACAAGGAUGGAAAGUUCCUUUGCUAGUCAUGACUGGCUAAAUUGCCCAAACAGAGGCCGGUGGACUCCUGUUAACUCCACUAACUGGAAAACUCCCCCAGUCUGCUCCACCCGAGGGCCGUGGGAGGGCGGUUUUCUUGAACCCCAGUGCGGCGGCCUCAGUCCCGUGCCUGAGGAGAUGAGCAGGGAUCGAAAGCACCACCUGAGUCCCAUUUCGCUUCACAGACUGAUUUGGUUGCACAGCCCUAGAAUUCAACCAACAACAAAAAUGCCGAAAUUCCUUAGAAUACGCAGAGGGAGGAGGUGACUCAACAAGGUGCUAAAACAUUUUAUUAAAAAUAUAUAUUGUUAAAUUAAGUCUGCUGUCUGGACAAUGACUGUUUGUUUUGUUUUCUUGUAGUGGAGUUUAAAAGAGACUAUUAUUUUACUCUGAUAUAUUAUUAUUAAAAAGGCAUUUUAACUUUGUACUUGAAAACUAAAUGAGCGAUUUCAUGUGUUUUAGCUGAGGCAUUGAAGUAGCGGGUGCUUACUUAUUUGUGGGAAAUCAUGUAUUCAUACUGAAGAAUAAACUCCGUAGCUGACUUGGUAAUAACUUUUACUGUUACAGACGAUUUCGCUUUGACCCCGGCGGCAGAGCACUUUACUCCACAUUCCACGCAGCUAAAUGCAGGACUUACUCCCCAGAUCCUUCCCUCCCACCCCUCUUUCCUUUUUCUUCAGUUCCUCUUUUUUCCUUUUUUUUUCCUUUUUUUUUUUUCCUGGUUCCAGCAUCCUUUCACCACUGUAUUUUUUUAGGGUUGCUUCUCUAUUUAUUGACAAUAAUAAUGUACAUUUCACAGUCUGGUUCUGGGACAUCCAGGGAGGGGCGCGUGUGUGAGGGCCCUGAGGGGGUCCCCCCGCCCCCCGGUGUUCUGUUGUAUCUCUGUGUAAGUGAUGCUCGUGACAUAGCUGUUUAUGAAAUUAAAGAGGUCAGUGCGUACAGCAGAUGUAGAAAGUCUGUCAGUUCCGCCUUCAUCACAUUUUUUUUGUGCCCAGAAGAAUAUAAUAAAGCUCCUUUCUAAUGUACUUGUGCUGGAGAACACUUGAAUAAAUGGACUGUUUUUGUGCAAAAAGAAAAACGGAAAAAGCACCGUAAUAAUGUCCUUUUGUCUUGCGUCUCCUUUCCCCUGACAUGACUGUUGACAGCCUGCUCCCGAGGGGCUGAGUGCCCAGGUGGGAGGACUAGCUUUGGGUCCAGACGACGUAGUUCCUCCCUUUAAAACAUCACCUAUGUGAGCAUUAAGUAGGGACUGUAAACUGGGUGAGAAAAAGGACAGUUUGGUUGACUUGAAGCUCAAAAAAUAACUUGUAGUGAGAUAGGUUUGCUGGAAAAGCAAAUUUUGUCCUGGGCUGAAUGAUAGUUUUCAGAGUAGAGCCAGGAGAGGAGAUGGUUUCGUGCCAGUGUCUUGGUCAGGUGAGCCUGAGGGCUUUUGCUCCGGGCACUGUUCCCCUCUCUGGGGGGUUUCUCCAACACACAAGGUGCCCAGAGGAGAGCAGCUGGGGUUCUAGACAGUCUGGACUCUGCAAGGAACCCUGGAACGAAUUGAGGCCCUUGGCCUAAAAAAGGGAGAAUUGAGAGAUGUUUGCAAACACUGAGAGGGCAGGCCCAAGGGGCUGGGAUGAUUCUGGGUAGUUCCGUAAGGCAGCAGAAGUGGGGUCAGUUGGCAGGAGUUGACCUGUUUCAGCUCAGCGUUUCACCCCUGGCCAGCAGGGCAAGGGGCUGCCUGGAGUGCAGUAAAGCCCUGGUCAGGAAGAGGCGCUGGACAGUCACUGGGGAUACUGCUGGCCUUCCUUGAGACCCCAAGUCUGGGUUCCUCUUGGUGCCUGGCGCCUCCUCAAAACUGUCUUGCAAGUGGGCGGUGCCUUGUGGUUUGAAGAGGCCGUUCACACAGUCUUCCCUUCAUCCUCAUGAUUCUUUGCCUGGCAGUCACUAGUUCCCUGUCCCCACCAUCGAAGAGACUGAAUCUGAACACAUCUAAGAAUUGGGAUCUUCCCGCCACAUCUCAACUCUAAGACCCCUGGCAUUCUGUGCCAAGCAGGUCCAGCCAAUGGUUUCUUCCCUUAAGGGAGGGUUAUUCGAACCUUCUUUUCUGCAUUAGACUUCCGGGGAGGUUUAGGGCUGCACCACUUUGCUGGCAGCUUUGAAAGAAAUUAUCAGGGGAGAAUUUGAGAAAAAGGAGAAAAUAGGCUUUUUUCAUGGGCACUUUUCUUUACAAAAUUGUAAAUGUACAUUUAACUUUUAUCCUACUUUUUUAUAAAUAGUUUUCAGUGUUGAUGUAGAAUUCUUUUUUUUUAAUGGCUGCAUGGCAUUUUCUUGUUGGAUGUUUGUUUCUUUAUAUAUGCAUUUUAUUUUAGCUAUAAAUAGAGCUGCAAUAAAUAUCUUUAUGUGUUGGCUUUUCCCCCCUAUAUUUUGUAUUUUUUCCUUCAGAUACAUUCCCAGAGAUGAGACUUACUGGGGCAAAGUAGAUGAACAUUUUGGUUGGCUCCUGAUGCCCACUCCUGGAUUUCCUCCCAGUGGUCAGCAAACAGAGUGUAUGUUCAGCUCUGAGGCUCUCGGUUCGGAAAAAAAUAUAGUCCUUAGUUUGGCCAAUUCAGAAAUCUGUGUUAAUACCUGUGAGGAAGUAAAGACUUAAGACUUUUUUUUUGAGAAGUAAGAGGUGGGAACACCACCGUUUGGUGACUAAAUUUUGAAUAUUAGUUCACUUGGCAUGCCUACCUGGCAGAAGUCUGGUGGGGGAUGGAAUUCACCCUGAACCUUAGAGACUCUAGCUCAAGGCUAAGGAGAAAUGAGAGGGUGUCAUCCAUGCCCCCUAGCUCUGAAAGCCAAGCCUGAGCACCCCAGUGUCGUGAGCUGGGAGUUCAAGGUGUGGCCAGAGCCUACGGAAGGGAGCUGCUGGGGCCAUUUCCUUAAUAAAACUGUCCUGUGAAGCUCCUGGAUUUGAACAAGGUGUCAAUCAAUGAUAGGGAGGGACAGGGGAGCGUCAGAGCUGGGCAGGAGUCAAGGCAGUCAUGAAUGACGGGGGCCAGAGCCCACUGAGACUGCCCGGGGGGUGGGGAGGGU